AUGGAGUGACAUACACUUAUUAAGUCCAAGUGUCAGCCACACAGAAAUGGUGGUGGCAACUGCCUCAGCUACGGUGACAGGAGCCUCCAGCCUCCGAUACUCGUCCGGGUCUGAUCAACGGCGGCUACGGCCCGCACAGAAGUUCACGAGUUACACGAAAUUUGCCAUCCACUACCCCAAUUGCUUAUCUUCCACAAGGGUAAAGGGGUAUUUCCCUAUCCGAGCUCUUGACCCUCAAAGAGGAGGUGAGGAAGAAGAAGUGAAUUCAAACGUGGGUAACAAUGGCAGCGGUUUGAUCUCUGAGGACGAUUUGGAAUAUCUGGGGAAGGUGGUAGCCGGUUCCCUUGUGGCUGCAGCGGUAAUAAAGUACGGAAGCGUAGUUUUGCCUGAGAUAACUAGACCCAAUAUCGUCCAGGCUCUUAUCAUGAUAUUCAUGCCUAUUGUUGUAGCUGUUUUGCUUUUGAUCAAGCAAAGCCGUGCGGAGGGCCGAAGCUAGGAAUGUAGUUCACCAAUUUAGCACUGAUCCUAGUCGUGGUACAUUCUUAUUAUUUUUUAAUGUUAUCGGAGCAAAUCCGUCUCUAUUGUGUACUUCCUCGAUGCCUGUAUCUAUUGUAUACAUGUCAAUUUUCUCCUCGAUUCCCGGCUCUAUUCUGUA